CGAAAUAGAUAGGUACAAUAUAUACACACAAUCAACACACCUGUAAGGUUCCGAAAUAACCAGCCAAUCACGGGGCAUUUAAAUUUGGAAUACUAAAUAUAGAACAGGGCAACACAGGUAUAUAAAAAACACAGCCUAACAGCGGUUAGCAAUUGCAUAAACAAACAGCAGAUGUCUUUGUGUUGUAUGCGACCCAAGAAAGAAUUCUCUGAAGUUGGAAUGGCGGAAGUCAGGAAGAAAUUGGUGAUAGUUGGGGAUGGAUCUACGGGGAAAACGUGUUUAUUGAUGGUGUUCAGUCGAGACCAGUUCCCCGAUGUGUACAUUCCUACAGUGUUUGAGACUUAUGUUGCGGACAUUGAAGUUGAUAAUAAACAAGUAGAACUGGCCCUGUGGGACACGGCAGGUCAGGAGGACUACGACAGACUCCGCCCAUUAUCUUAUCCCGACACUGACGUUAUUCUUAUGUGUUACUCUAUAGACAACCCCGACAGUCUGGUCAAUAUCAGGGAGAAGUGGACCCCCGAGGUCAAGCAUUUCUGUCCCAACGUACCCAUCGUUCUGGUAGGAAAUAAAAAAGACACCCGAACUGACCCGGAAGUGAUUAAAGAACUGGAGCAGGAGAAGAAGGAGCCAGUGAAAGCUCAGGAAGGACAGGCUAUUGCGGAACAAAUUCGCGCUUUUGCGUUUAUCGAGUGUUCCGCGAAAACACAGGAAGGUGUUCGAAAAGUGUUCGAGACUGCCACACGAGCGGCUUUACAAGUCAAGAAGAAAAGAAGUAUUAAAAAGUGUAAAAUCUUUUGACGAGAUGUAUUUAAAUAUUUCUUUAAAACCUUCCGACUGUGAUAGAAUAUGCAGCAAUUCUGUGAUAUUUUUGCAUAUAUAUUUAACAUUGUUGUUAAACAUGAAUGUGUUCAUUGAAGUUGAUAACGAAAUUCAUAAAAAGUGGUGCAAUGUAGUAAAAUCAUUUUCAUGUAUUAUUUUCCAUUAAAUGAUGGAAUAUAUGAUAAUAUAAUAUUUAAUUUUUAUUAUUAUUAUUUAUUUAUUUGUGUGUG